AUGUCCCUCCAAGCCAUUCCCGGACAUCAUCCAGAUCUCCCAUCCGGUCCUGGUGUUUUCACACUAGAACAGAUACGAUGCCUUGAAGAGGCUGCAAUCCUGCUUCCCGAGCCUCAGCCGAAUGCCAGUGGGAAACGAAAAGUUUCCGCUGCGUUCAGUGCUCCAAGAUCCGUGUCGAGCUCAUCUACCUCCUCCUCGUCGUCGUCGUCUUCUGCGUCCGUUGCUACCCAUGGUUUCCAGCCCAAUGUCAUCCGAACCUUUGACAUCCCAUUGGCAGAAGAAAGUGUCGAGGUGCUUGAGUAUAUUGGGUUCAUACCGGAUGUUGCCAGACUGAUCUAUGACCGAUAUUGCGGCCGCCCAAGUCCAAGCCAAAAUCCUGAUGACCUAAUGGCAUAUGUCACUACACAUCUCGCCUCUCUUCGCCGACGACAAUACGAUAACAUGAGCCAUCAGGAGGCGCUCGCUGAUGUUGGUCUUACUCGCCAAAUUCAAGAAGCAAUCACGGACCCGAGAUUCUCACACAUCUUCGGUACCCAGACCCUCACUUACUGGGCACAAGAUACCGUCGAGGUCAACUAUGCCGCUCUUCUUCGUCAACAGAAACUGCUACAAAGUCAUGCAAUCAAGCGCAUAGCUCAUAAAAAGAAACACAAGCGGCCCAGGCAUGAGCCGAACCGAGAAGACCAAGACCCAUCUGAGCAGGAACCCGUGACGGCAACGAUCAACAUGACACCCCGAGAUUUCCAGUUCCCAGAUGCAUAUGUGAUGGUUCAGCCUGAUGCCAAUAUCCUCGCCGAUCACAUUUCUUUAUACAAGGGCAAGGCAUAUGAUGAACUACAGCCAGCAGGUGAUAUCAUUGAGAGUGAUGGAACAGUCAACCUAAGACCACUCAGCACAUUGCCCGGAGGAGAUUUCAAUUCCGAUUUUAAUGCGCAAUACUGGACCCCCGAAUAUGAAACGGCCGAAGAGUACCGCAAAUAUGCAGAGAGGAGAAGCCCUGGAGCUGACACCUGCAUUAUCCACAUUCAGAUUCCGCGACCAUUCAUCGACAGCCUGCGAAUGGAGAAUCUCUGGUAUUCUCCUAAUUGGAAAGAGUACGUUUGGACAUGCAGGAGACAGCCCCCCCCUCACUCGAAAUUCGACCACCUCUGGCAACCUGGGCAAGCUGAUAUUGUCAGGGGCCCCAUCUGUUCUACCCUCAGCAGACAGCUAGCUCGAAUCCGCAGAGAAGACGUCCAAAGUCAUAUCACUGAGGACAACGUGAUGCGAUUGCGGUCUGGGAGAAAGGCGAGUCAGUGGGUGUUCGUGCAACGCGAUGUGAUUGGUCGGUUAGCACAACAGAUUAGGGGGAAGAUGCAUUUUAUCAUUUUUGAAGCGGCAGCUAGGUUCUAG